UGUAUAUAAAAUGACGACACCAAAUCAAUUUGACAAACAGACUGUUAAUGUUUUUAUAGAUAAAGGAUACCGUAUUUUACAAUUGAUUAAUGUCGGCUCUUUUGGUGAUGUAUACAAAUCACUGUAUAAUGAAACAGAGGUUCGGGCGGUAAAAGUUAUUGACUUGCGUCGGGUUGGCAAACGUACACAGGAUGUGGAAAUAUGUCGCGAAAUCGCCGCUUUAAUUCAGUUUAAACACCCGAAUAUAAUCAAAUUGUUUGACGCCUUUCGUGCAAAUCAAAAGAUUUUUCUGUUUAUGGAGUUUGCGGACAACAAAGAUGUCGGCAAAUAUUUGGAAUCUAACGGUCCGAUCGGCGAGAAUGUUACCGGCAAAUGGUUUAAACAGAUUUCAAAUGCAUUGAACUAUAUCCACAAUGAAAUGGGUUUUGUUCACCGAGACAUCAAAGUGGAUAACAUUUUAUUGUUUAAUAACUAUGAUUUGGCAAAACUGGCCGACUUUGGUUUGGCCAGAUAUUCGUUGUCUCAGCAAACCAAUCAAAUUGAAAUUUCUCAUACGAUUUGCGGUACCGAUGCCUAUAUAUCACCAAAACAAUUGCUUUGUCAAGGGUAUAACCCGGUUGCGGCCGACUGUUGGUCAAUGGGCGUAACGUUGUUUACAAUGUUAAAUAAUAAGUUACCGUUUGGCUAUUGUCCGGCUAUCAAACAAUUGAAUAAAUUGAGAAUAGGAGGUGCCGUAUAUGUCGACAAAUUAUAUGAUAAGCUAAUUAUUGAUAAAUUAAGUCGAAACGUACGCGAAGUUAUUGACCAUUUGAUAGUAUAUGAUGAAGACAAACGAUGGAAAAUAACUGAUGUAUUAAAGUCAAAAUGGUUUAAGAAUAUAUGA